AUGGGCUUAGUCGACUACUCCGACUCGGAAUCCGACACCGAAACAGUACAGCAGCCUAAGCCGAAUCCCGCCGCUGCAGCAACGAAGAAACCGUUUCAGAAGCUCCUCGAUCGCUCGUCCGGCCCCGGCAAGAUUGUCGUCAACCUCUCAACCGCAGGUGCAGCCCCCGACGCCAGCGCCGAGGAUGAACAACCGCCGGCGAAGCGCGUAAAGACUGUUGGUACUAGCCGGUUCAGCGGUCUUGGUUCAUUCUUGCCACCACCCAAAAGAACGGCCGCAGCAGCAACAACAUCAACCGGGCCUGCAACACUAGGGAGGAAAUCCGGUACUGCGCCCGCUCCCGGUGUACAUCUACGCACUGGUGCCGAGCCGGCAUUUGCUAGGGGGGACGGCGAAGAUGGAUCAACGGAUGUCGACGGCGACAUUGCGCCUGGUUCCAAGUCCCGCGCCGGCCCCUCGAUACCUGAAGGACAGAAACCGGAGGAGGAAGUGAAGCUCGUGGGCAAACCGCUCAUGUUCAAGCCCCUUUCGGUGGCCAGGAAAAAGGCGCCGGCGAAGAGCAAGAAGAAGGACCCGACACCUCUGGCAGCUAGCUCAUUUUCGGGUGCAGCAGCCCCCCAAAACCAGCCAUCGACGACGGUACCUCCCACAGAGUCAAGUGCAGCACCUCCACCCAAAAAGAAAGUCUCACUCUUUUCCAUGGAGGACGAUGAGACUACGCCAAUGGCAAACCCCACCACCUUCGCCACAACAGGCAGCUACCAGCCGCUCUUCCCCUCCGCCUCAGAAUCCACCCUCCCCGACGAAGAAAGCGACGUCACCUCGGCCUACCCAAGCUACCAGCCCCAAGAGCCCGCCACCCAACAACAGCAACAGCAACAACACCAAACCCUAACCUCCCUAACCGACGGGCUUUCGCGCGCAGCACGACGCGAGCUCUUCGGGCGCUCGGAUUCCUCCAACGCACCCUCGCUCCCCGCCAACGCCAAGGUUAUAUCCUUCGACAUGGAGCGCGAGUACGCGCACAACGAGGCGCUGCGGAUGUCGGGCGCCGCGCAGCCGGCGUACAACCCUGUGCGGUCGAUCGCGCCGGGCAAGCACAGCCUGCGGCAGGUGGUCAACAUGGCGCAGAGCAACCAGGAAGCGCUGGAAGAGAGCUUCGCGAGGGCCAAGAGCAGCCAGAAGGACGCCGCGGGGCGGAUGGCGGCACUCCUCAGCUCGCUGCCAGAAGACGGCGUGGGGGACGAUGUGCUGUCUGUUGUUGGGCGCAUUUUUAGCCCGCCGACAAACCCCACGCAGCUACGCUUGGAACAAAUCGAGUUUCCCAAGUAUAUUCUAGCCAAGUCGCUGUUCGACUGCCGCGAGUUUCAGCGAUGUGCUGCUGUCUUCCUACCUCGGCAGGCCGCUAAGAAUCCCAACAGCAAACGGCAAGACGCCACCGUGCAUGGAAAAAUCAGCCAAAAAUACGGAUUAGUUCUGGCCAAAGACAGAAACGAGGACCUUGCAAUAACAUGGUUACUGAGAAGCGUCUCCCUUAACCCGUGGAAUUGGGGCGCCUGGCAAGAACUCAGCAGCCUUGUCCGCAGCACACAGCAUCUCAACUCAGUGCAGUCCCAUUUGAAACCGGGGAUCAUGGCCUUCAUAUUCUCGCUGCACUGCCGUCUAGAGCUGCGCCAAGCCAGCCCGGCUCUUGUGUCUGAAAUUGCUCAGUUGCAAAGUGUAUUCCCACGCAGCCUGUUCCUCGAAAGCCAGCGCGCCCUCGCCUUCUAUCAAAUGAAAGAUCUAUAUGAGGCGAACUUCCUGUUUUCAAAAGUCCUCUCCCUGGACCCGCGAUACCUUGAUUUUUUUGAUAACUAUUCCAAUGCUUUGUACAACUUGGGUGCCCGCGAUAGGCUCGCCUUCUUAGCUCAGCUUGCCACAUCUGUCGACCGGUACCGACCUGAAACAAACCUUGUCAUCGGCAACUACUACUCUCUCUCGUCGCAACCCGAGGCUGCCAUCGCAUCAUUUAGACGAGCCUUAGCCCUCGACCGUGCUUACUCUGCUGCUUGGACAUUACUCGGCCACGAGUACCUGAAAGUGCAGAACCUCCACGCCGCCGUCGAAUCGUACCGGCAGGCCAUCAGCCAUGCGCGCCAUGACUACCGAGCCCUCUUCGGGCUCGGCAAGGCAUACGAGGCGCUCGAGAAGCCGGUUUUAUCGUUACAUUACUAUCUCCGGGCCACCACAAUCCGGCCCGGUGACACGGAUCUUUUGCAAGCAGCGGCUACCGGCCUCGCGGCUAUGUCUCGUUUUGAGGAGGCGAUCAAGAUCCUGAAGAGGGCUCUUGCGGCGUGUAACGUUUCUGAAGACCGAGACGGGGUGGCUGCAAGGCAGACAAAAGUGGAGCUGCUAUUUCAGUUGGGAAAGCUGUAUGAAGAGGCGCAGAAUCGCCACGAGGCUACGGCAUAUCUUGAAAUGUGUCUGGUCGAGGGCGAGGAAACCUGUGAGCCGGCGGAAACAAGCGCGUGUCCGGACAUGGCGGCGAUACCCAAGGCCCAGCUGUUGUUGGCACAAUGGGCCUUGGCAGACGAAAAUUACUCGAGAGCUCGCUAUUUUGCGGACCAGAUUGAACGGCAAAGCGAGCUCGGAAAACAGGCACAGGACCUUCUCAACAGGUGCAGUCCAAGUGGAACUCGUUGGAUAGGUUCUGGGAACUCAUCUUGA